UAUGUGCACCAUGUGUGUCACAAACUCAUCUCGCAGUCACACCGCGGAUCAGAUAAGCCUUCUUCCUCCUUGCAUCCACGCCACAGUCCAUACGCACACGCACGCACGCCAACGAUUAGUUCGAUGGCUCACGGAUUGAGAAUGGCGCCAUCAGCUACAGGUCCAGUGACUGAUCGUCGUCUCGGAUUGAGCUUACCACCACGACGACUCCUCGUCGCCGUCGCCCUGGUGUCGUCGGUUCUUGCUCUUCUCCCCGGUGGUGUUCAUGGAGCUCAUGCUCUAGAUGAUGGCAAAGAAGCCAGAGUUGCAGAGGUGAGCAGCAGCCGGACGACGAUGGCGGCUCGGUGGUCUGUCGCCGUCAGGGAAGGUGGAGGUGGUCACGGCGGCGGUGGCCAUGCCGGCGGCGGACACAGCGGCGGCACUGGACAUGGCAGCGGCCACGGCAGGACGGAGCCAGCCGGCCACAACACCCACCGGCGCAGCGCCGCGCCUGGCCGAGACCUCUGCGGGCCUUCCUCUCCCAUGGCGGCGGCCCUCCUCGCCGCCGCUGCUCUGCUUCGCUUCUGAACUCUAAUCAUCCCACACGCACUGCACAGAUAGAUUGAUAGAUCGAUUGAUUUCGUAUGUUGAUUGAUCUUGCCGCCUCUGUGUACAUACAAUGAAUCCAAAUCGGGAGAUUUUUACGCAUCUGUACUCUGCAAAUGUCUGUACAUUCCAAGAGACGGAAGAUCUUUUUAAUUUUUUUUUUUUUGGAACGCGUUCUUGGAAU